AAUGCAACAGUAGACACUGAAGACAAUGAAAAGACUUUGAUCAAAAGGGUGAAGUUUUCUGCAAUGACUCAGUUUUUGCCUUUCCCAUGUUUUUUUUUCUCAUGGAUGCAGACCAUUUAGCAAAAGCAGGGUUGGAGUUGCUAGGAGGUGUUAACUGGCAACUUUUGACAACGAUGCUCUGACUAAAGGAACAACCCUCAGACCUCUUUAUAAAUGACAGAUUUCUUUCUUUUUUAAUUUUUUUUCUUUUUUAAUCUUUAGUUAAUAAAAGUUCAUGCUUAAUAACUGUAAUGCUAUAAAAAUUUAUUACAUUCGUGCUCAAAUCUGGUGAUCCUUGCAAUCUUAUUGGUUCUCAAUGACACGAUUUAUUGGUAAAAUGCAUCACUUUUUGCUCUAAAGUGCAUCGAUUUCCCCAGGUAAUGAAAGCUCCUCGAAAAUACAGCAACAAAUCAAGAUUUAACCGAUUGUUUUAGGAAAUCAAUCAAAUUGCAGAAAAAAAGAAAGACAACUUUUACAACAUUUUACACACCAGCUCAGUACUGGAUAAAUAACAUACAUGUAUUUGUACCGGCUUUAAAAAAAUCUUUAUUCAUUUAGCAACUGAAUUUUGAAAAUUUAAAAUAAAUGUGAUGAAGUGGUGAUUGAACUUUUGCCAUGCACUUUUGGUCUGAAAUCAUACUGGUUAUUUCAAGUCUAAUGCUGCUGCACAAUCCUUUGAUUCAGAUGUCACGCGUAUGAUUUCAGAACAAAGUUUACUCCACCCAGUUCAAUUACCAUGUUCUACAGGUAUUCAACAUUUUUUUUUCAGUGUUUCCAUCAAUAAAGAGGUACUUAAUUAUAAUCAAAAAUGAUAAUGAAUCAUUUUCAUAAGUGUUUUGAUUUAUGAUUAUAACUUGAGGCUAUUUGAGUCAAAGAAAAGCAAAUUAAUGGAAAAGAAAGAAAAAAAAGAACAGUUAUUCGAUUUAGUUUUGAGGUUAAGUGCCAAUUAUUUGAAUGACUCUUUCAAACUGCAAGUUUGCGACUCGCAUUUUAAAUGCCUUUGUAAUGCUUACUCCACUUGGGAAAAUUAUCUUUGAAUGCUGAAUGAUUAAUUUUUCUGUGUAUUUCAGAGGAAAACUUGGAGGUGAGGAAGACACAUGGCACCUGAGGGAAGCUGGCGCCUCUAUCAAACUUAACAGUGAAGCUGUCCAACAACCUUUGCCAUUUACAUGUAGAUGCUUAUUGUGGAACCCCAGGACCCUCUCCCCACCCCUUGCCAGUGAUGAGAUAUUGGUUAGCAGUGUUAUUGAACUAUCUCAUGAUGGCCCACCAGAUCUGGAAUACUGGGAAAGUGUUGAAGGAUUAAGUUUUACUGUAGCUUUGUUGCACAGUGCCUCAAAUUUGGAGGGGUAUGAGGUGGUUAUCAAGCAACUCACUGACCAAGAGAACAAUGAAUGGAAGGAAUUGAAGACAGAGAAUACUUGGCAUGGAUCAGGUACUGUAAUGUUGUUAUGAAAUGCAGGUGUGAAUGAAUUAAUGAAUGAAGUUCUCAGGCUCCCUUCCUCACUGGCAUCAAUGUCAGUAUCUGAGCAAUUGUGCACCUUCCCCUCUCCUAGCCCGAAAUUAACCCCAACUUGUAACCCAAACUUGUUAGCUGACUGUUGUUGGCCUAGGAGAGGAGGAGUAGGUGUCCACUGACUCAGAUACUGGCAUUGAUCCCUGCAAUGCAUGACCUACGUACUGCACUAACAAUAUCAAAAUACACUUCUUGACACUUCAUGUGCGUUACAGAUCCAAUGGGUUUUUUAAAACAUUUUAGUUUGGUUUUCGGUGUAGUUGCGUCUAAGCAGUACAUGUAAUUAUUGCAUAAAUGUUACCAAAGUGCAUUUUAGUCAUUAAAAUAUAAAUUUUACCUAAUCACCAUGUUGUUGCAAACUUUAUUCUUUGAAGCAUAACUAUUAUAAUGGCAUCUGUUGGCGGCAACUUUAUUGUGUGAAGACUUCAAAACACAGUUGAAGGAAGCAAAUUCAACCAUUUUUUUUAUUCUCAUGCAGAAACUUCAACAAUUCCCAGGUGGCUUUUCCCAUUUGCACAAGCUGUUUGUACAAAAUCAGGAGUUUCUUCAUUUGCUGCAAUCUGGCGUCCUAAGUCUUUCACCUUUUCAAGAGGUACUGCAGUAGGUCCGGAACUGACCUGUAUUGUGCCUGACUUUCCUGAUGUCAGUGUUCAAAUUCCUCAGAGCUGUGUUCCUGUUGAUCAAGAUUUCUGUGUGACAAUAAAGGUACGUGGAACUGUAUAAUUAUAUAGAUGUAUGAGUUCAAAUGUUUUAUUUUCCAGUUUUAGUAUUAUAAGUGUUAUGAAAUUGGCGUGAAGGGAUUGUCAAAAACACGAAGAUAAAGCAAAGUUGUUAUAAGAGUACACCCUGUGGCCUCAGUUACUCACAGUACACCUAUUUAACUUACUGGCAACAUUGAUGGAAAGAGAAAUAUUAAAAAAUUGUAAGCUUAAUUACAGGACAGUUGUUCAUGUGCUUAAGUUAUUGUUCUAUUAAACCGUUUUGGUAACUUUGCAACAAUUGUGGUUCUACUGUCCCAGAAUGUACUCAUGGAUCCUGGAAAUACCCUUUUUAAAAUCAGAUUUUCGAGACCUAACUUUAAGCAACAAACAGAACAUUUGUUUUUGUUUUGCUUCAAUAUAAAUUUCAAAUUGAAAUCGUUCCUGUCAGGUAAGUUGGUUUUGUGGUUCGUAUUGGUUAGCAGUUAAUGCAAUUAGUGAAAGAAGAUGAGCAUGAUAUUAUGAUGAAUUAGCAAAACCGAGGUCUGACUUAUCUGCCAAAGCUGAAGAUAACACAGACAUAAAGUUUGAUAAUUUAUUAUAUCAUGCAAAAUCCAAAUUAAAUUAUUUUUUAUUAUAAAUAUAGUUUUUUAAACAAACUGCUUAAAUUAAUGCUACAAAAGAAGACACCUCUUUCUAAAUUUGAGAAAAGUUUAAGAACACUUUGCACAGACAGAGGGCUUUAUUUUGGGAGGUUGAACAUGAACUGGGAUAACUUUUUUUGCUUUUUGAUCUCAAGGUACAAGAAUUUCCAAGCAGUGAGCUAAAAGGAGAGGGAGGACUUGUCGGUCCAGUUCUUUACAUUUCAGGCUCUCAAAAUGUGACUCUCAUCGCGCCUGUAACAAUCAGGAUUCCUCUCACCCUCCGUAAAGGAAAACAAGAGUUGGCAGAGUUAUGUCCUGGUGAACUGAGGAUAUUACACUGUGAAUCACUAGUUGAACCACAUGACUGGAAAGACAUCACAGGUCAAUUAGAUGAACCUGCACGUCUUGUAGAUGGGAAAGUGCAAUUCAAAGUUAGGCAUUUCUCUGGGUAAGUAUUUCUUGCCGGCUUUAAUUGGAAAAUAGUACGCAAGACGUAGAUGAGAUUUAACAGUAUUUUAGUGUACAGUCAUACACGCAUGUAUUUCUUUUAAUUAAACAUAGAUUCAAAAAUUGAAAUGAUCACUUGCAUACGUAGACUCAAGGUUACUGUGCAAUGGCUGUUAGUCAUUUCCGUUGGGUUGCUUAAGGUUUAUUUGGUUUUUCCUUAUAUUUGAUAGAUUCCGUCCAAUCAAGUUGAUCAAGUCACUUUUACAAUCUGCUUCGGGCCUCACUGAGUUUAUAGGAAAACUUCUCAGUAGGUCUAGGCCUCACCUUGCCCAAUUUUCUACGUGCUUGUGUAAGACCCCUGGUCCCGGACAUUUUGGACUCAAACUUUUCUGCUAUCCUCCAAGCCUGCAAUAUGAUGUGAACCGGCGAAUAUCAGAGUGUGUCGUGCCCUACAAAGGCGAAGGCAGCUCUCGUGAACCAGUUUGUGAAGAGGAGAAAAUUUUGGUGUCUCUUUCUCAGGCAAUCAUACCCCAAGGCACAGACGAGAAAAAAGCCUUACAAUUUGUGAGGUAUAAUAUCGUAUAGUUUAUUUUUGGCCCAUCAAGUACAUUGGAUUUAGUAGAAUACAUCUAGAUACAGUCAUGGUAGUUUUACAUAGAAAUAAUUUAUUCAUUCUAUUGUAAAAUUGAACAUUGUUCGAUUGUCAGUUGACCAUUUUUCGCCACUGCUUUUCCAGGUUUCUUAUUAAUCAAUUGGACUAUGGAGGUAUACAAGUUUGUUUUUUUCGGACGUGAUUAUCUUCAAAUGCUCGUUUUUAAAGAUUCAGUAGGGCUCUCGUUAAAUGUGCUGUCAUUUUGGAUUGUGAGAAAAGAUUUCAAAGCAUGUGCUUUUCUGAACGAAGACUCGGCUGGUGUAGUGUACGUUGAAUUUGUCUCAUUUAAAUUUAUUUCGUUUUGAACAGAUUCCACGAGGACAAAGUUUUUGACACAGGUGGUGAAGUUUGCGUAGGAAGUGAGAGUGUUCCAGGAGUGAAGUUUUUCGACCAAAGUCGUGAACUUUUGUGCAACGUGACCAUAGUAUUAGCAUCUCAAGUAGGUGACAUUUUUCGGUUUAUGGAUUUGUUAAUCAAAUGUACUUUUAGCCCAGAGCUAAUAUACUACUGAUGCCAACCUUACUGUCGUAGAUGUAGCCCAAGAUGAUAGCAUUACACGUCAGCUUAUUAACAAGAUUUUUAAAUUGUUACCUGUGAGGUUCUCAAGCUAGGUGUUUUUUCCCUCUUGCAGGUAUCUCAUCCAUCUGGGGUCGUCCUUCCCUUGUCAGAAAUUCAAAGAGCUCAGGUUUGUUACUUGUUUAUUCAUUUAAUAAAUAUGGUUGUUUUUUUAUUCAUCCCCUCCUUCCUUAAAUUCUUACCUCUUUUAUCCCUUUGGUUGGUCCUUAUGACUGGCUAUUUCGUUCUAUUUUCAACCAAGGCUACUGAAUUGUAACCGUUUUGGUAUUGUGGCACCUUUCUUUUUAUAAAAGCAGUCCUUCGUGGAAAAUUCGGAGUCAAAGUCUAACCGUUGUCUGUUGCGGUUUUGCAGGAAAUGCCUCGGUCAAAUCGAAACAUUCAAUCCUCAGUGGACGUAGAUUCACUACAUGAGCACGGCAAGAAAUUACAUGUCACUCUUCUAGCAACUGAAUGGUGUUCGGCAAAGGGUGGUUUGUCCACCAUAAACAGAGUGCUCGCCAAACAGUUUUCAUCAAAUCCCAAUGUAAAAGUCACUUUGUUUGCUCCUCCAUUUGAAUGUAAAUGUAAGGAAAAAGACAAAGCAGAAGCUUUUAAAUGUGAUAUUAAUAUUAAGGAAGCAGAUGGAAGAAUGUCAAACUCCACAGACCCCCUCGACUGGUUGGCGUUUCCCCCGGAGAAACUCCACAUAGACGUGGUUAUCGGUCAUGGUUGGAAGCUUGGGUGGCAGGCAGAGGAAAUCAGGAGAAGCCACUCCUGUAAGUGGGUACAGAUGGUCCACACAUGUCCUGAAGAACUUGCCAUGCACAAAAUCUGCGACAAACCUCUCUCCAGAGGUGAAGAGAAGCAUGUGUCGGAAGUUUCCUUGUGUGAAAAGGCCGACCUUGUUGUUACCAUAGGACCCAAAUUACAGGAAGCUAUUGCUAAGUCCCUCCGACCUUGCAAAGAAGAAAAAACUGUAUUGUCAAUAACACCAGGUGUCUUUUCUGAAUUUAAGUGUGCGAAAACCUCUGUAGCUGACUUGGAGAAUUUUUACAUUUUAGUUUUUGGCCGUUGUGAUCCAAAGGAUUUGUCCAUAAAGGGCUAUGAUAUUGCGGCAGAGGCCGUGGCUAUUUUGCGUCAUAGAUCAUAUCACCUUACCAUCAUUGGUGCAAACACUGACAAUCAAAAAGAGCUUGUUGAUAUUUUAGUCAGUUUUGGUAUACCACAUUGUCAGUUAACUGUAAGAAAGUUUCGUAAAGAUCGGGAAUGUUUAAUCAAAUCGUUGCGGGAGUUUGAUCUCGUCCUCAUGCCAUCAAGAACAGAAGGGUUUGGUUUAACUGCCCUUGAGGCAUUAUCUGCCGGUAUUCCCAUUCUUGUGAGUGGAAACUCGGGAUUUGCUGAAGCAUUGAAGAAAGUGGAAUUUGGUGAAUUUUAUAUUGUAGAAGACUUUAAGGAUGCUAAUGAAUGGGCAAAAAAAAUCAAGUCCAUUCGAGAGAAGGAACGGCGAUUGAGACUUAAAGAGAUUCGACAACUACGGACAUUCUAUGAAGAGAAGUACAGCUGGGAGAGUCAGUGUCAAGACCUUGUGGCGACAAUGUCAAACAUGGUUUAUGGUAUGAUCUAG